UUUUACCAGUGAUGAUGUGUCAAAACUUACCUCCCAACAACAUCUCCUGCAGUACAAACAUACAAAGAACUGUGCAAAAGUGCCAGCAAAGUGAAGAGUCUUUCACAGAUGAUACUGUUACUGUGGUACCUGAGCAGUAUCGAUUUGGAAACUGUCGGAAUGUGGUUGAGUUUGAAAAGCUGAAUAGGAUUGGUGAAGGAACGUAUGGUGUUGUGUAUCGGGCAAGAGAUACCGUUAAUGAUUCUAUUGUUGCAUUGAAAAAGGUGCGAAUGGAAGAGAAAGAAGGUUUGGCCAUAAGUGGUUUACGCGAAAUAGAUCUCUUACUAAACAUCAAUCAUAUCAAUAUUGUUCGUCUGCAUGAAGUUGCUGUGGGUUUUCAUCUGCAGAGUAUCUUCCUUGUAAUGGAGUAUUGUCAUCAUGACUUGGCAUCAUUAUUAGAUAACAUGAAAACGCCAUUCACAGAAGCACAAGUGAAGUGCUUAAUGCUUCAACUGUUGAAAGGUGUUGAGUAUUUGCAUAAAUGUUUUAUCGUACAUAGAGAUCUGAAGGUGUCCAAUUUACUUCUCACUGAUAAAGGUAUAUUGAAGAUAGCUGAUUUUGGCUUGGCGAGAAAAUUUGGUUAUCCUUUAAAACCAAUGACACCAAUAGUUGUCACUCUAUGGUAUCGUGCCCCUGAGUUGUUGCUGGGAGCCAAGGUUCAGACACCUGCUGUGGACAUCUGGGCUUGUGGCUGUAUUCUGGGAGAAUUACUUGACAGCAAGCCUUUGUUACCUGGGAAAUCAGAAAUCAACCAAUUAGACUUAAUAAUCAACCUUUUUGGCACACCAAACGAUCAAAUAUGGCCUGGAUUUUCUAAUUUAUCAGUUGCCAAAAACUUCAACCUAAAGAGACAGCCUUAUAACAACUUAAAGCAUCGUUUUUCAUGGCUUUCCUUUGCUGGCUUAUCUUUGCUAAAUCAAAUGUUUAUGUAUGACCCUGGAAAAAGAGCAUCUGCUUUUGAAUGUAUGGAAAGCUCUUAUUUUUCUGAGAUUCCGCUUCCAGUUCAUGCUGAGAUGAUGCCCACUUUUCCUGAGCAUCGAAAUCUGAACACAAAAGUUUCGAUUUCAAAAAGAAAGCAAGAACAUCCCUCUUCAAGUUUUUCUUUUAUUUUUGAUAGUAAAAAGAACAGGCUUCAGAAAUAAGUGACGCAACUGCAGGGGGGGAGGUGAACUUCUACUUUUAUGAACUUCUACUUUUGAACAUGUAUGAACUUCUACUUUUAUCUUCUCUAAAAUUUAAAUUAUUGAUUGACUCAUUAAAACACUAAAAGUUUUUCAA